AGCAAUUUUGUAUAUUUCUUUAUUUUUAUUAUUUUUAUCAAUUUUCAAGGUGAAGUGGCUUGCUUUCCACCAAUUGCAAGGUGCAAGCUUUUUGUUAAAAUUUGAAUGAGACUCAUGCUUCUAUCUAAAGUUUGGUUCACUUUUUGCCUGCUUAUGAAAAGGGAUUCCUAUGCUCUGCUUGGUUGUAUGGAUAAAGCACUCACCUUCUUAUGUUUGAGGGCAGUUUUGUUUGGUUGGCUACCGUCAGCAGCAACUUAGUUGAGCUCAACUGAUACGUGAACCUGAUGUAAAAGCACCAUUAUAUCGGACAAGUGGUCUGUCAUGUUUCCUUAUGCUAUUGGAAGCUACCUUUUAUAUUUAUAAAGCAUCUCGCUGUUGGAGAAGUGUAAUUGGCAAAGGUUGUUUGAAAUUGAACUCUCUCUGUUAUUUUUUCCUUUUUGUGAGGAAUUUGAGUAAAAUAAUAUGUUUGAUGCAGAAGGGAACUCCAUCUCAUAUGGCUACAAGAUUUGUGUCAAUCUAAUCCAUAAGCAUUUGAAGUGUCUGAAGUAUUGAAUGUGGAUUCAUUAUGAUAAAGUGAAAAAUCCAUUUAUUGUAGGUGCUGGGUAUGUGAUGAAUUGUUGUUUACUUGUUUUUGAUAUUUUUAGUUCAUGUCUUGUGGAUUUACUAGCUGUCUGAAGAUUACAUGCUGAAUAUGUUAAUCUGGAAUUUUUUUUCUUCAGCAAAUAGUCUUUUCCCUGUGAAGUGUUUGCUUGUAGACUAAAUCAAGUUAAUCAUAUUAUUGAUUCUAUCAAGGGCCUUAUAAACAUUGGCACGUAGACUGGAACAGAUAAUAAUCAUUCAGGACUCCAGAAUUUCAAGAUUUUUCCUCUGCCAUCGGUUGGAUUUGCUACUCCAUGACGAGAUGGUCUGCACUCAAUUUGCUUACCAGAAACAGAGCAGAGAAAGAGACAAUCCAUCACACUGGAGCAUUUUUGGAAUAGGUGAUGGCUGUAUAGCCUUUAUUUUCACUGCAAAAUGGUUAUAUCGUGCCUUGGCAAUUUGACAUUGAAUGCUAGUCAAAUCAAUACCAUGCUUGUCA